AUUACUCCAAUGGAAGACUACAUAAAAGUUGAAGUCACUGAUGAUUCUGAUGCUGUUACCAGUCAAUUAUAUGUUGAAAACACUAAUGAAAAUCCUGCAUGGUAUACAGUUGAUGAUAAUCAUGUAUCUUUGGUAUCUGAAAAUGUUGAGAAAGUUAUUAAGCUUGAAACUGAUGUGUUGGAUGAUUGUAUGUGGGAAAGUAGAAUUGAUAUUGAAGAUAAUAAUACUGACUUAAAUGAAGAAAACACAAGUGACAAAAUAUUUCAUUGUAAUAUUUGUGGAAAAAGCUUUGUUUUAAAUUACCUUUUAAAAAAUCACUUAGCAGAACACAAAAAACAUGUAAAUUAUAAAAAUAAUAAAUGUAAAUACUGUGGAAAACUGUUUAAGUUAAAAUUUGGUUUGAACAGACACAUUCAAAAACAUCACAAUCUCGUGUAUAAAUGUGGAAUUUGUAAACUUUUUAUUGAUAAAUCUAAGUUUGUUGAACACAAAAAAAGCCACGAAAAUGAUCAAACUAAAUUUGAUACUAUUCCUAAUAUAAAAUUAUGCAAAUUAAAUGGUGUUUGGAAAAGUAAAACAAAUGAAUUUAAAUGUAAUAUCUGUUUCCAAAAAUGCUACAGUGAAAAGAAUUUGGUUGAACAUGUGGAAACUCAUGACAAUUGUCAAACACAGUGUAAAUAUUGCUCAGAUUAUGUUUCAGUUUCUGAAAUGAAUAAUCAUUUGGAAGAAAUACAUGACAAACAUUUAUUUAAAUGUCAGAAGUGUAAUCAAAAAUUUAAAAAACAACAACAUUUAAACUGUCAUUUGAUUCAUUGCUUAAAGAGUUCUCACACCAAAUAUAAUAAUGAGAAAACUUGCUCUGCUUGUGGAAUUGUUUUUAAUAGUACUCUAUCAUUGUUAAAUCAUACGAUUAUUGGUUGUAAACAUUAUACUUGUAAAUAUUGUGGACAAUUUUUUAGUCAAAGGAAUUGUUGGCUAAAACAUAUGGAUGUUCACAAAAAAGUUGAACAAAGUGCAAUGUUGAAUGUAAAUACUGAAACAAAUUCUACAAUUGGAGAAUCUAAUCAAACUGAGGAUGUAAAUGAUUUUUUUCAUAGUUCAAAUAGAAGACUAUUUUACUGUGAUGUUGCGGAAAGAAAUAUUUCAGAUCAUAUCAGAUUAGUGAAUACCAAUCCAACAAUAGUAGCAACUGCUUCACACACCUAUAUCCCGAACAAUGACAUAAUUUCAAAUSCAGGACAAACUGAAAUCUUAUUGAAUUCCUCGGAAAGAAAUAUUUCUGAUCAAACAGGUAUAGUAAGCAGCAAUUCAACAAUAGUAUCGACUGGUUCAUGGCCAAGAAUGGAAAUGAUGAGAUCAAGAGAAGAUGAUGAACGGUUAGUGGAGAGCCAAUAUUUUCCAACGCCUGUUCCAUAUCGCUUAGUUAGAGAUAAAAUUGUAAAUAUAAAACAAGAAGAAUUCUUUAAUACAACAAUCAAAGAAAAUUUUCAACGUCAUUUAAACUUACACAAUUCUCAAAUGCUGUCCAGACAGCAAUCAAAUAAUCAUUCGAUUAUUCCAGAUAAUUCAAUAACAAACAACUUUAGCCCUGUUCUAAAUAUUAAGCAAGAACCAGAAUCGAGUACAACUCUCGAGAAAAUAAAUAGUUCAGAUGAAAUAAAUUUAGCAAACAGAAAUGAAUCGAUUGUAUCGACAGCUUCACAUAACUCAAUGACAAACAAUUACCUUGCCUUGAAUAUAAAGCAAGAAAAAAACUUGUGUGAAAAUUCUAGGGAAAGGAACAGUUCAGAUCAAAUGGAUGCAGUGAACAGAAAUGAAUCAACUUUGGCAAAUGAAUCUCGUGGAUUAAUGGCAGAACGAAACCCUAUAAAUGUUGCAAACAAUAAUAUUGUACCUACAGUUAGAGAAACUGCUUAUUUCUGUAUUAGAAGAUUGCCUAAUAUUAAAAAUGAAUUUUGCAAUGGUGAUUAUAAUCAGAUAUCACAAGACAAUUUUAUAUUUAUAUGUAGAAUUUGUAAAAAUUCUCCAUCUACAGAUAUACAUUCAUUUGCAUUACACAUGAGUGAUCACAGUGAAUGUAAUAUGCAUGAAUGUAUUGUGUGUGAUAAAACAUUUAACUCUGUAGUUCUUUGGACAGAUCAUAUGACUUAUCAUCAACAGCAAAUAGAUAGUAAUGUGUCAACCGUUCAGUUUAAUUCUCUAGAAACUGAAUCUAAUACAUCAGACUCUAUUAAUUCUGGAAACAUAGAACCUCAAGUUAGUAAAAACUUAAGAAAUCGAAAAUCUAAGAUAUCCUCAUUGGAUGAUUCAUGUUCAGAUACAUCAAGUUUAAAUAGUGUCAAAAAAAAUAAAAAUAAACAUAGCUGUAGUACAAGUAAAAAAGCAUUUCCUUCCAAGACUGCAUUACAGGUUCAUCAAACUCUCCAGAAUAAAUCACAAACAUUUUCCUGUAGGUUUUGUGAUAAAAUAUUUUCUAGUAAAGGUCCAUGUACAAAUCAUGAAAAAUCUCACAUCAACUCAAACAAACAGUUGCUACAAAAUAAUAAGAAUAUUAAGCUUGAACCGAUCCAAAACAACAUAAGUAUAGAAGAUAACACUAAUUCCGAGUCAAUAUCAAUAAAACAUAAAAAAAAGAAUUUCUGUUAUUUAUGUAGUAAGAAAUUUUCAAAACGUUGUUAUUUUACAAAUCAUAUGAUGAUAAAGCAUAAUGUGAAUUCAAACACACCAGAACAAUUAACAACGAUUGAUUGUAACGAAUCAAUCAUUCUAUCAAAAAAUUUAGUGUUAACUAAUGAAUAUGAACACAAAUUAUCAGUUCCAGCAAAUAAUAAUGUUAAGAAAAUCAAUGAGAAGAAAUCAACAGUUUGCAUGUUCUGCAAACAAAAUUUUGCACAUCUUGGUGCCUUAACCAAUCACAUGCGUGUUCAUAGUUUUAAACCAUAUAAAUGUAAAUAUUGUAACAUGCAAUUUGGUAGUAAAAGAUCUUACAUUAAGCAUGAAAAAAAACAUGAAUCAAAAAAUAUAGUUGAAAGCACGCCUAAUCAAAUCAAAAACAAUAUAGUUGUUGAAGUUAAUGAUGAACCACCAAUUGAACAUUGUAAUGAUUUUGAGCUUGUUCAUAGUCCAGUUGAUGGAAAUUCAAGUGGUACAAAUUUGAUAAACAUAGAACAUUUAUGGUUUUCCUGUGAUGUGUGUGAGGAAAAAUUCUCUACUCCAAUUCAAUUGAAUUUUCACCGUAAGUUACAUUCUGAAAUUGUCCCAUAUGUAUGUAAAAUUUGUAAUAGAUCUUUUCAGUUUAAAUUUCGAUGGAAUUGGCAUUUAAAAGAACAUUACAAAAAAUACAACGCAAAUUUAAAAAGUAAGCAGCAUACUAAUAAUCUAAAAUCAAACAUUAGUAAGCUAAAGGUUGAAUCUAUUCGUCCAAGAGAUAUAAUGAGAUGUCGAUAUUGUAAAAAAGAAUAUAACUCGUUAUCUCAGUGGAAAAAACAUAUAACAAUGAGCAAGGAAUGUCGUCGYCAUUGUAAAAGUAACCUUCCAGAGUUUACAUCAAAUAAAUCUUCCAAAUCUGGUCGAUACAGAUGUAACAUAUGUAAUAAAACAUACAGUACCUCUUACAAUCGAUCAGUACAUAAAAAAAAUGUUCAUAACGAGGUGUUAGACACAACCGAUUUGAAUACUUAUGACAAUAACAGUUCACAAAAAAACAAAUUAUUGGACAUUAUUCAACAAAAACCAUUGAUUACUAAACGAAACAGAAGUAAUCACAUUAAUGGUUCUAAAUGUGGAUUUUGUGGGAAAAUGUACAGUAGUGGAGCUAAUUUAAGUCGCCACAUAGCCAUAAUUCACACACAAACUUAUGAGCCUGUGACCUGUAAUGUUUGUGGAAGUACAUUUAAACACAAAUUUUCUUACAGAGAACAUUUAAAAACUAAACACAAACAACUAUUCAAACAUUAUAAACAAACACACCCUAGAAAGAAAAGAACCAACCGGGAAACUAUGUCAGUAAUUAAAAAUAAUACCAUUAUACACUUUUGCAAAAUAUGUAAAAUGAAGUUUGCUGACAAUAUUUCAUUACAAGAACAUUCAAAGAUACAUAUUUUAAAUAUGUAUAAGUGUAAAGACUGUGGUCAACAGUUUGAGACAAAUGUUACUCUAGGUAAUCAUAUUUUAGAAAACCAUAAUGCCAAUAUUUCUACAUCUUAUAAAAAUGUCCAGAACCAUGAGAACCAAAAUGCUUCUCUAGAAAUAAUUGACUAUAAUCUUACUCAGUGUAAAAUUUGUUCGAAAAUCUUGAAAACCCAGAAAUAUUUGAAAUUACAUAUGAGAUUACACACUGGUGUCAAACCAUUCAAAUGUGACAAGUGUAACGCUGCUUUCAGAUUUAAAUCAAACUUUAAAGUGCAUCAGAAGAAAAAUUCUUGUCGUAUCCCAUAAUUAUAUUUUACCCAUUCAAAAGUAGGUUAUUAAGCCAUCAAAAAUGGCAAUAUAUUUUGACUUCUGAUGUUAUUAUAAUAUAGAGAAAAUAAAUUAGAAUAUAUAUGAAUUGCUCGAUUCCCAUAUUCAUACUUUUCUAUUUUGUUUUAUCCUAAAAAUUUCCUGAUACAUUUAACUUUUUUUUAUUGUUAUAACUACUUAAACAAUGAAGUUUUUUCUUUGCAUUCAUUGAAUGUAUUUAAAUACUUAUGUUAU